AUGAGCAUAUCCUCGAGUCAGUCUGGUACUGCACCACCACUGAGUGCAACAAAUCAACAGGAGACGACAGCUCCACCACAAUCAGCACCCUCCUCUCAGCCACCUCAACAACAACAACAACAACCCCAACAACAACAAUCAACAGAUUCACAACCAGAAACCAAGAAAGAAAACGUCGUUCCAAGGGAUGUCCGUCUUCUUCACUUAAUCUUCGCUACGCAAGGUAUCCAAAACUAUCAAGAACAUGUUCCACUCCAACUAAUGGAUUUCGCUCAUCGUUAUACCAAAUCAGUCCUUCGUGAUGCAUUAGUCUAUAAUGAUCAUGCAAAACCGGUAAAUGCUAAUACUAAUCUUAAUUCAAACUACAAUACCACCGUGAAUACCGAUGAUAUAAGAUUGGCGAUUGCCGCUAGGAGUAAUUAUCAAUUUAAGCCUACUGCUCCUAAGGCAUUAUUAUUGGAAUUGGCGCAAGAAAGGAAUUCAAGACCUUUGCCGGCAGUUAUUCCUCGUUGGGGGUUGAAUUUGCCCCCGGAAAAGUAUUGCUUGACUGCUAAGGAUUGGGAUAAUAUUGAUGAUGAACCUAGAGAUGGAGAUGAAGAAGGUAGUGGUGGUUCUGGGAAGAGUAAAAAAAUAAGAACAAGGUAG